CAGCUGGACGCCGAUACGCGGCUCCAAGGAGGAGGAGCAGGAGGAGGAAGAGGAGAUGGAGGAGGAGGAGCCAGCGGCUCCCAACCAAGCUAAUGGAUCAAGGAUCCAAUGGCGCAGCGUAGCAAGCAAGCAAGCAAAAUCCAACAAUCAUUUUAAGACUGUUCGCUCUUACCUGCCCGCGUGCCGUUCAACACGGUGCGUGCAGCAGGAGGGACACUUGAAUCUCCCGGCUCCCGAGAGAAGGCCGCGCCCCGCUCGCCGCUCGCCAGGCCCCUCCUCGUGCGUGCCGCCGACGGACGUCGUGGCAUGCGCGCGCCGAGGCAGCGCUCCUCUUCGGCAGGUGGCGGCUUAGCUGCCCCGAUACGCGUAUUGAUACGGAGCUCAACACGUAGACUGAAUGCAUAGGUCUGACGCGAUGCGCUCGCCCUGUACGUGGGCCAAUACGUUGCGCCAACACGCAACGUAUUGACACGGACGUCUUGAACACGGCACGUGCCGCGUACCAAAGCGGGCGCAUCGAGGCAGCUAAGGGUGGCGGGCGGCCCCCGCGCCCGCGCACGCGCUCACUCGAAGCCGUGCACGUCGCUGGGCGGCAGGGCGCCCCUCUCGCGCGCCUCCCGGAUGAAGCCCACGACUCGGCCCGCUCGCGCUCCUUGCGGGCGUAGUGCUGCCAGGUCCUG